GGGCCGGCAUACUAUUGGGCAGCCCGACCAUCUCUCACACGGAUGCUCCACCCAGGCCAGGCUAGGGUUGCGGCGGCGCCGCCACCAGCCGCCCACCCGCAUCCCAUGGACCCAAGCCGCCGAGCGCCGGCCGUGAAGAUGGAGCCGCCGGGUCCCAUUUCUAAAAGGAGGCGGACGGAUUCGGGGGAGCUAGAGGCCGGCGAGUCCCCGCCGGUGGCGGCAGAAGCCUCGGAGGUACCGAAUCCCCAGCCUACAGCGCCGCCAUCUCCACCAAGCGAUGAAGGCGGCGGCGGCGGCGACGGCGUUGACUACAUCAGCGGCCUCCCCGACACCAUCCUCGGCGAAAUCAUCGCGCUCCUCUCCACCAGGGACGCCGCCCGCGUCCAGACCCUCGCCUCCCGGUGGCGCCACAUCUGGCGCGCCGCCCCUCUCAACCUCGACGGCGGCGAGCUCCCCGACGCCGACGAGGCCCUCGCCGGGGCCGUCUCCCGCAUCCUCGCCGACCACCCCGGCCCCGGCCUCCGCUUCUGCAUCCCGUCGCACCUCGUCGUCAACCACCCCGCUACUGUGGACGCCUGGCUGCGCUCCCCGGCGCUCGACGGCCUCCAGGAGCUUGACUUCAGUUGGAGCCGGUUUGAAUGGUCGCGCCGAGAGCCGCCGCCGUCUACUUUCCGCUUCGCGGCCACCCUCCGUGAGGCUACCUUUUGCCAGCUCGACCUCCCGGAUGCCACGGUUGAUGCGCUUCACUUCCCCCGGCUCACGCACCUCGCACUUCGACAUUCCAGCAUGUCCAAGCGCUCCCUGCACACCAUGAUUUCCAGUUCCACCUGCCCUGUCCUGGAAUGCUUGCUGCUCGAAGACUGCUACGGGUGCCGCCGGCUCCGGGUUACCUCAAACAGCCUCAGAAGCAUUGCCGUCAGUGCUCAAUGCCAUGCCGGCAAGCCCCGGUUAAAGGAAGUCAUCCUUGUCAACGCCCCUUCCCUUGAAAGGUUCCUCUAUAUUAGCAUAAACGAGGCAAUCAAUGUGUCUGUAAUUAUUGCGCCGAAACUGGAGACCUUAGGCUGUCUUGAUGAUGAGCUCGAUUCCUCCAGACUCGUGUUUGGCACCACGGUUCUUCAGGGAUUCCUUGUUGUGAGCUUGACUACGGUGGUGCGCAGUGUCAAGAUUCUUGCUCUCAAAUCACUUUAUAUUAAACUUGAUACGAUUAUUGACUUGAUGAAAUGUUUUCCAUGUUUAGAGAAGUUGUACAUCAAGUCUUGUGUUUCAGGCCAAGAAAUGAAUCGCUGGCGUCGUAAACAUAAGGAUUUCAUUAAAUGCUCUGAUAUCCGUCUCAAGACAAUAGUGUUGGAGCAGUAUCAAGGCAUUAGAUCACAAGUCAACUUUGCCUCAUUCUUUCUAUUGAAUGCGAGAGAGCUAGAGUUAAUGACACUUGAGGUUGAAAGCGAAGAUUACAAUGAGGAGUUUUUUGCAGAACAACAUAGGAUGCUUCAGAUGGAGAAAAAGGCUUCAAAAGGUGCUCGGUUACAUUUUACGGCAAAUGGAUGUCAGCGUUUUCUUAUGCACGUUGACCAUAUCCGUGAUUUGUCUAUAACCGAUCCCUUUGAAUGUAGAUGUUAAAAUUAGCCUUGGUCGUGACCCUUUUAUGAUUUUUCCUUUGCACUCUCAUUUGGUACUUUAUUUAAACAACUGUGUCAUGACUGUAGCAGGCUGGCAAUUAGAUGCUAUCUUUUCAAUGUAUUGUAGCAACUAAGGUUACCAAGUGGUGAUAUUCAUUUCUUCUACUUCCGCAUCAUUGUGACAGGCCAGCUGCACAAUUAUUCUCAAUUUUUCAUUUGGAGCUUGUCUACUGUAGUUUUGUAAUGGAUUAAUGAGCUAGGAUUGCAUUGAAUUACUCCUAAGGCAAACCCUUGGAAAACUUUGGGAGGAUUCACUUUUGGUUUGAGUGUGAAUUUUG